AACAAAAUCCAACGCGACUGAGUCACCGCAGCCCGGUUUUUGUUUGUGUCCUCUUUUGCGAUCGAUACAUUACCGUGUCGGUCAUGUAUCGGUAAAAUAUCGGAUUCACCUUCUUCAACUCUUAACGAAGACUUAAUUAAUCACCGAUAUACGAACACUCGCGCUUUCUUCUCUGCUUCUCCAAUUUCGCUUGCACUUCCGUAGAAUCCCACAAAAUCCCACUUUCUCUCUCUAAGUAUUUUCACACGCAGAUACAUAUUUGUUAUUUCGCUCACCGUGAUAUUUUUUUUUUGCUGCACAUCUUCAAUUGCUGUUUACAGAGGUUUUGCGUUCUAUCUGUUCUCUAAUGGGUGGUGGAUGGAAAAAGAAUUGGUACAAGCCGCACAUGGCCGUGGUGUUAGCAGUGUCAUCGAUGCUUUAUUGGAAUCUGAGCUUUUGUUGGGAUAUGAACAGCGAAGGUUUGGCUCUGUUGAGAUUUCGAGAGGGAGUUGUUAGAGACCCAUAUGGGGCUCUGUCCAGUUGGGAUGAAAACAAUGGCGAAAUUGAUCCUUGUUCGUGGUUUGGCGUCGAGUGCUCUGAUGGAAAAGUAGUGAUCUUGAAUCUUAGGGAUCUUUGUCUAGGAGGGACACUGGUGCCUGAACUCGGGCAGCUGACUCACUUGAGAUCUAUUAUUCUACGUAAUAAUUCGUUCCAGGGUAACAUACCUAAAGAGAUUGGGGAAUUGAAGGAUCUGGAGGUUUUGGACAUCGGAUUCAAUAACUUCAGCGGACCAUUUCCCUCCGACUUUGGCAACAAUCUGUCGCUUACGACCCUUUUGCUUGACAACAAUGAAUUCCUCGGUGGCAUAUCUCCUGAACUACUUGAGCUUAGCAUGCUGUCAGAAUUUCAGGUAGACGAGAACAUGCUGACUGGUGCUGAUUUGACUGCUUCUCGUCAUGGCAGAUCUAUUGCUUGGGACAUUGCUGAAUCCGAAGUUUCGGCUUAUCGGAAACUGCUGCAGGUGGUGGAUGCUCCGAGUCCUUUCAUUGCCAAUAGUGAUAAUACGCCUCAGACGGGCUCAGGUCCAUCACAGUCUCCUUUCCCCCCUUCAUUGCCACCAUCUACUUUGUCUCAGCCAUCAGAAUCUCCAUUUUCUCCAUCAAUGUCUCCCUCAGAGUUAUCGGAACUACCUCCAUCUUCCUCUUCCUCAUCCUCAUCAUCUCCCGUAGAAACUCCAACAUUUUCUCCGUCAGAAUCUCCCACCAGUGAUCUUUCCCCCCCUUCACGUGCACCUGCUAUAGCACCAACUCCAAAUCCACCAGUUGUUGUGUUCGCACCACCACAAUUCCAUGAGGCUUCGGUGCCUUCCCCUGUUUCAAGUCCUCUCCAAACUGCAGAGGGUCAUUCGAAGUCAAAUCUUCACAUAAUUCUCAUUGGGGCUGGGGCUCUAGGGGGUACAAUGUUUGUUUUGAUUGCCGCAGUUGGUGUUAUCUUCUUCCGUAGCAGCAGUGUAGUCACGGUUAAACCUUGGGCCACAGGAUUAAGUGGGCAGCUACAGAAAGCAUUUGUAACAGGUGUGCCGAAGCUCAAGCGAUCAGAACUUGAAGCAGCUUGUGAGGAUUUUAGCAAUAUAACUGACACUUUUACAGAUGGCACAGUUUAUAAGGGGACCUUAUCAACUGGUGUUGAAAUAGCUGUGAUAUCUUGUGUGGCAACUUCUCGUGAUGACUGGUCAAAGAAUUCAGAGGCACAGUUUAGAAAGAAGAUCGAGACGUUAUCAAGUGUGAACCACAAGAACUUUGUGAACCUUAUUGGGUUUUGCGAAGAGGACAAACCUUUCACAAGAAUGAUGGUUUUUGAGUACGCCCCGAAUGGAACUCUUUUUGAGCAUCUGCACAUAAAAGAAUCAGAACACUUGGACUGGGGAAUGAGACUACGGAUAGCAAUGGGCAUGGCAUAUUGCCUAGAGUAUAUGCACCAAAUGAAUCCUCCUGUAACUCAUAAAAACCUGCUGUCUUCUUCUAUAUACCUAACCGAAGACUAUGCAGCCAAAAUAUCAGACUUCAGUUUCUGGAAUGAUGUGAUGGCACCAGAGAUGGGAUCUGCUGCAAAAGAGCUUCUGAAAACCCCUUCAACAGAUCCAGAAAGCAAUGUAUACAGCUUUGGGAUAAUUGUGCUUGAGAUGAUCACUGGUAAGAUCCCAUACCCUCAUUCAGUGGAUAACGGUUCUCAAGUAGAACGGGUAUCAGACCGUGUGAGAGGGAAGCGACCUUUAAAAGAUAUCGUUGAUCCAACCCUUAAAUCUUUCCAAGUGGACGAGCUUGAGAAGUUGCUGGAAGUGAUCCAGAACUGCAUCCAUCCCAACCCGAAGCAGAGACCAAUGAUGAAAGACAUUGUUUCUCAGUUGAAGGAAAUCACAGCAAUGGGACCUGAAGGAGCAACACCAAAGUUAUCACCUCUUUGGUGGGCAGAACUGGAAAUUAUGUCUACAGAAGGAAGUUGAAGAUUUAAACUGAACCUUGACUACACAAGAUUUGUUCAUUCAUUCUUUUUUUUUUUUUCCUGGUUUAUGUUGUGACUGCAUGUAAUUAAUCUAAGGUAGAGAGAUGACAUUUUGUAUAUAACAAAGGAUGAGCAUGCAAAAUCAAGAUGGCUUUAGAUUUUGGCUAUGCCGAAGUAAAUAAAUGUUCAUUUACACAAAAUAUACUGAAAAAUAAAUAAAUGUUGAUCUGUUUCAA